AAGCAUAAUUAUCUGAUGAUCAGAACUCUAGUUUAUCAACUCCUUGUAUAGUGAAUUUGUGUUUUUUUUUUACCACCUAGACUUUUCUGGUGCUAAAAUGUCAUCCUCCACAACUGCACGGUCAGAUGAAUUGAUUUUCUUUGUGAAUGGAAGAAAGAUAAUAGAAAAGAAUGCUGAUCCUGAAAGAAUGUUGUUGUCUUACUUACGAAAAAGACUCCAUCUUACAGGAACAAAAUAUGGCUGUGGGACAGGUGGCUGUGGAGCUUGCACUGUGAUGAUAUCAACAUACGAGCCAUUUUCCAAGAAGAUACAACAUUGUUCUGCCAAUGCUUGCCUGAUUCCCAUCUGUUGUCUGUAUGGUGCUGCUGUUACCACUGUGGAAGGUAUUGGAAGCGUAAAAUCAAGAAUUCACCCGGUUCAGGAAAGGAUUGCCAAAUGCCAUGGCUCUCAGUGUGGUUUCUGCACCCCUGGAAUGGUGAUGUCCAUAUAUGCAUUACUGAGAAAUCACCCUGAACCCACUAUGGAGCAGAUAUCUGAAGCACUGGCUGGAAAUUUAUGCCGUUGCACUGGCUACAGGCCAAUAAUUGAUGCGUGUAAGACUUUUUGUAAAGACUUGGACUGCUGUAAAAUUAGAGAGAAUGAAAACUGUUGCUUGGACCUAAAAGAAAACCUACUGCUUUCUGAGAAGGGUAAAGAAAUUUGCACAAAAUUGUUUGCUACAGAUGAAUUCCAGCCCUGGGACUCAACUCAGGAAUUAAUAUUUCCACCUAAGCUACUGCUAAUGGCAAAAGAGCAGCGAAAAAGAACUCUAGUUUUCUAUGGGGAAAGAACUACAUGGAUUUCUCCUGUUAGUUUAAAAGAGCUACUAGAGCUGAAAGCCAAGUACCCAAAAGCACCUCUUGUUGUAGGAAACACCAGUGUGGGUAUGUAA